CCAGUACCACUCCCAGACUUAGCAGAAACCAGUUGUCAAUAGCCAGGGUGGCACCAGAGGAGGAAGGCAGAUUCCGAACUGCGCUGGGGCUAAGUCGUGUGCAAAGACCGACUUGGUCAGACCAAGCUGUCCCGCAGGCCGAGACAGCCAAGAACAACCAUGAAGGUCCUUUUCCCUGUCCUGCUGAGCAUCCUACUCUGUGUGGAGCCAGUCCAUAGUAUCAAGUGCUACAACUGUACAAAUCAAUCCAGUCAAUGUAGUCCUGUGCAGUGCUCCACGACAGCAACUCAUUGUGGGAGUUUGGAAGCUUCAAAUAAAAAUGGGCCACAGGACAAAAAAAUCUACUUCAAGGGCUGUGUUGAAAACUGUGAGAAUUUUUUCAGGGAAUCAUUGGAAAAGGCCAGGAUCUCCCCACCUCUUAUCAAAGUGGAUUAUUCCUGCUGUGUGAAGGAACUGUGUAAUGGGGCAGAUGGGAUCAGGGGAAGUCCCUUUGCCCUGAUGGGGGCACUCCUGCUCAGCCUCGGACCUGCCUCCAUCUGGGCCAUGCUGUGAGGGCUUCAGUCACCUCCCUGUAUACCCUGCCUUGUGGUUUCUCUUAUGCCUCAGGAAGAGAUAGGCAACUUUCUCUCUGCACCUUCCCUCUCCUGCUUCUAGACCAGUUGCAAACAGCAUUUAACAGAAUUUUGUCAGUCCUGAUAGACACACAUGCAUGUAUGAGGACCCACACAUCUACACAGACAGAUGCACAGAAACAAAUAGACAUUUUCUCUUCUGGGGUUAUCAGUGCCUCGGCAUUCCCUCAUUUGUUUUUUUUUUUUUUUUAGUAAGGCAAUUGGGGUUAAGUGACUUGCCCAGGGUCACACAGCUAGUAAGUGUUAAGUGUCUGAGGCCAGAUUUGAACUCAGGUACUCCUGAAUCCAGGGCCGGUGCUCUAUCCACUGUGCCAUCUAGCUGCCCCAUUCCCUCAUUUGUUACAAGUGGGAGCUACCCAGGAACUAUUGAACACUCAGUCCCUAAUGGAGGGAUGUGUGGAGGGUUAUCUUUCUUUUCAUUUAUGUCUUUUGUUUUUAUAUUGCAUCCCUUUCUAAAUAUGUCCAUCCCACCCUCCCCUACUCAGAAAGCCAUCCCUCAUACUAAAGGGUGAAAGAAACAAAAGCUCGUCAGCAAAAUCAUCUAAUACAAUGAAUGACCAAGUUUACCAGCCUAGGGAAUACUUUGUACCCAGAAUCCCCUACCUCUCCAAUGAAAGGAGAGAGAUACAUUUUCUCAUCUCUUCUCUGGGUCAUAAUUAAGAAUUAUAAUACAGUGUUUGGUUUCACUUUUUAAAAAAAAUGUCCAUUUAAUAUUUUUGUUGUCAUUGUGUUUAUUAUUUUUUUUGUUCUGCUUUAUUCCUCAUCUGUUCCUGUGUCUUCCCAGGUUUCUCUUGAUUCUUUUGAUUUGUUGUUUCCUACAGUACCAUUCAUGGGCAGUUAUAUGGAGCAGUGGAUAAAGUGCUGGGCCUGGAGUUUGGAAGAUUCAUCUUCCUGAGUUCAAACCUGACCCCAGACACUUACUAGCUGUGUGACCCUGAGCAACAUUGCUUCGUUUUCAUCAUCCAUUAAAUGAACAAGAAAAGGAGAUGGCAAACCACUCCAGUAACUUUGCCAAGAAAACACUAAAUGGGGUCACAAAGAAAUUGAGGGUGACAGAAGCUUCCCUGGGUUAGAAAAUGUUAGAGUCAGGAUGUGAAUUCAGAUUAUCACUACUCCAACCAUAGCAUUCUAUUCAGUGGGACAGCUAGCUAACUUUCUGUGGGUUCCAGGAAAAUUUUGUCCCAAUAUAAGAGAAACUCCCAUUAUUAUGCCACUUUUAGGGUUUAAUUUUUUUUAUUAAUAUCUUUUUAAAAAAAUCAUUUUUAAAUGUGUCCCUUUUCAUCCCCCAUCAUACCCAGAGAACUAUUCUUGGUAAUUAAAAAGAAGGAAGGAGAAAAGAAAAAAAAUGAUUCAGAAGUUCAACACAUCAAGUAAUACCAUACUUCAUGUCCAUAGCCCGCUGCCUCUGCAGAAAAUGUGCAUUUUCACAUCUCUUCUCCAAAGCCAACCUUGAUUAUUCUAAUCACACAAUAUUCAAUUUAUGGGGUUUUGGUGUAUAUUUAUUUUUUUGGGGGGGAGUUUAGUUUUCUUCCAUAUUGUUGUAGUCAUUGUGCAUCUUGUUUCUUUGGCUUUGCUUAAUUCACUUUGCAUAAGAUCAUAUAAAUCUUCUCAUGCUUUUCUGAA